AUUACCCAAGACGGUAUACAACAGCAAACACCGUAUAAAGUAGUACCUUCACAUUUCUGGCAAUGCAAAUAUGCUGUGCAGCUCUUCCUCUUACCCACUUUAAUUUAAAGUUUGUAUGUAGGAACCCAAAUCUCUCUCUCUCUCUCUCUCUCUACCCAAACCCAAACCCAAACCCUCAUCCCUGCUGCUGCUGCAUUCACAUACAAUCUCAGUAACCUGCUGUAUUGGAACAUAUGUCAUCAUCAGAAGAGGAGGGUGAAAUUGUACCAGACUACGUGUCGGACUAUUAUUUUGAAGAUAGUGAGGGAGAGCCUAUUUCAUUUUCGUGUCUACCCCUUCAAUGGAAUGAGAAUAAGGGUGAGCAGAAACUCGACUCCACAAAAUAUGCAUUUCUGCAUGGAAUGGUGGAAGAUGGGCACCAACUAAUCUACAGAAAGGUAAUUGCAUGGAAGUUUAUACUUUCUUACGCCCUCCCUGAAAUUUAUGCCCUUUUGGAUGCCAAGUCUGAAAGAUGGAUAAAGCUACAAAAACCACGAAAGAGUUAUGAAGAUACGAUAAGGAGCAUCUUGAUCUCAGUCCACUGUCUCCACUUUAUAAAAAAGAACCCGGAGGAGGAAUCUGGUGAAGCAUUAUGGAAAAAUAUUCGUAGAACCUUCAGUACAUAUGAGGUUCCACCUUCUGAGGAUGACCUUUUGGACCACAUGCAAUGGAUUAAAGAAGCUGUUAUAUGGGAUAAAGAUAUUGCAAGAGCUAAGAAUCUGCAUACCUUUCUUUCUGAAAUAUCUGGAAAGAGGAAAGCUUUAUGUGAGGUAAGUCUCAAAACUGAUGGAAUAUGUUGCAAGUGCUGUGACAUGUGCUCUUUUUUUAAUUUCUCAAUCGAUCAAGAGCCUGUGUGCUUUCUUUUACAGGAAAAUAGAAUAGAGAAGAAACCAAAGUUUAUAGUUCAAGAUGAUGAGGAUAUUCACAAUCAUGAUGAUUUAAGUGAUACAGAGCAAGAUGAAUUGUUUGAUUGUGUUUGUGCAUUUUGUGACGAUGGUGGUGAUCUAUUGGGUUGUGAAGGGAGGUGCAUACGAUCCUUUCAUCCAACUAUAGAAUCUGGAGCCGCCUCCGCAUGUGAAUCUCUUUGUUAUAGCAGUGAGCAACUUGAUGCUAUUCAGACAUUUUUGUGCAAGAAUUGCCAAUAUCAACAACAUCAAUGCUUUAUUUGUGGUAGGCUGGGCAGUUCUGACAAAUCUUUUGGUGCAAAGGUCUUCGCUUGUGUCUCGGCAACAUGCGGACAUUUCUAUCAUCCACGGUGUAUCUCAGAGCUGGUUUUCCCAGGAAAUGAAAAUCAAGCUCGAGAAUUCCAGAAGCAAAUCGAAGCUGGAGAUUCAUUUACAUGCCCUGCUCAUAAAUGUUAUGUGUGUAAGCAAGGAGAAGAUAAAAAUGUUGACGAGAUGCAAUUUGCAGUAUGCAGGCGCUGUCCAAAGGCAUACCACCGGAAGUGCUUACCAAGGAAUAUUUAUUUCCAGCGGAAUGAUGUAAAAGAUAUUCCUCAGAGGGCUUGGGAGGGUCUUUUGACGAAACGAAUCUUGAUAUAUUGCAUGGAUCAUAAGAUCUGUCGUAACACUCUCACACCGAAAAGGGACCAUGUGGUGUUCCCUUGUGUUGAUAGAAAAACAGAGCAGGAAAAAUUGAAUGUGAUCUCAGUGAAGAGGAGCAAUGCAUGUGGAAUUCUGAAAGAUGAAACUAAAGGGGAGAGCUCAAAGAAUUUUGCUAUGUCUGAAGGGAGAAAGCCAAAUAAGCCUUCCACAAUGGAGAAGACAAAGUUGCCUUGGAGAAGUGAUCAGUCACUGCCAAUGCCAAGUGUAAAAAAAGUUCCACCAAAAUCUAUGGUUGAAAAUAUUCCAUCUGGAAGUACAAGGGCUGUGAGAACUGCAGAAAUGGAAAAGCGAAUACAGAGAUUGAUAGAAAAUUCUACUUCUUCUCUUAAUGUGGAAGAAUUCCUUGAUGAACAGCGGAGGAAAUGUACUCAUGUUUUGUCCCCACAUUAUAAAGUGGAAAAAACGAUUACCAUGGGGAAGAUAGAAUGCUCGGUGCAGGCUAUCCAAGAAGCUCUAAAGAUAUUACAAGAAGGGGGUACCGUUAAGGAUGCAAAAGCUGUUUGUGAACCUGCUGUUCUUUCUCAAAUUGUCAUAUGGAAGAAGAAGAUGGGGGCCUAUCUUGCUCCAUUUAUCCACGGAAUGCGCUAUACAUCUUUCGGUCGGCAUUUCACGAAAGUGGACAAGCUGAAGCAGGUUGUUAAUCGGCUUUGUUGGUAUGUGCAACAUGGUGACACGAUAGUUGAUUUCUGCUGCGGAUCAAAUGAUUUCAAUUGCUUAAUGAAGGAAGAACUUGAUAGAAUGGGAAUACAGUGCUCCUUUAAAAAUUAUGACCUCAUACAACCCAAGAAUGAUUUCAAUUUUGAGAAAAGGGAUUGGAUGAGCGUUCAGUUGGAAGAAUUACCAGAAGGAUCUAAACUGAUCAUGGGGCUAAAUCCUCCUUUCGGGAUGCACGCAUCACUUGCAAACCAAUUCAUAGGCAAGGCUCUCAAGUUCAGACCAAAGCUUCUUAUUCUCAUAGUUCCUAAAGAGACCAAAAGAUUGGAUAGAAAGAAGACUCCAUAUGACCUUGUUUGGGAAGAUGACCAAAUUCUUUCUGGCAAGUCGUUUUACCUUCCUGGAUCAGUAGAUGUGCAUGACCAGCAAAUGGAACAAUGGAACUUGAGUGCACCGCCUUUGUAUUUAUGGAGUCGACCCGAUUGGACCGCCAAGCACAGACAAGUAGCUUUAGAACACGGCCACUUAAUCAAGAAACAAAACACAGAAUAUUCUAAUUAUUUGAUGGAAGAAAAUCAAGACUGCUAUGGUGAUUUCUCCAGUGUUGCGGAUGGCUACAGUGAUAUAAACUGCAUUCUAGAAGAUCUUCCGGAACCAUCCGAUGAUGUUUGAACUGAAGAACUUGAAAUUAUUUUGCAAAUCUAUAGAUUAUGUUUAUGUAUGUAUUCAAGAAAAUUUCACCUUUGAGAACUAAAAAACAUAUGCUUGUUUUGUGUUUCAAAAUUCCUCUCAUUUUCAAUCUUCAAAAACUAAACCAAAA